CUGACUAGCGAAGUAGUGAGUACUGAGUAGUGACUACUGAAGUACUGACUAGUGACUGUACUGUAUAUUACGGUCCGCAGCUGAAGAUACGGUGAUGUUGAUCCUUGAUGGCGUAUGCUAUACAACUGUCAGUCGUACUAUAGUAUAGUAUACUGAAUUGUCCGUAUUGUUGCUGUAUAGAAAUCAAAUUUAUCGUUCAAUGCCAUAGUGUGCUUUAUGUGUUGCCCUACGCACUUUCGCCACCCGUUUUCCACGUGUCCGUAUUUCGGACACUGACAAAGUCACAACGAUUAUGGCCGACACAGACGCCACCGGACGUGGUCGACCACGUGAUAUUGACCACCGCAGCCGGCCUUAUACUGAUCGUCGUCGAAGCCGACACAAUACCAACCGCCGUGGCCGAUACGAUGCCGACCGCCACGGCCGACACCAUACUGACCGCCGCAGACGAAUCGAUGCCGACCGCCGCAAUCCGUUUGACGUUGACACCGAUCGAUUUAUUAGACAGUCAGAUACCGACCGUCACAAACCGUCUUCGAACUUCGACGUCCGCACACAUAAUGAACAUGUAAAUAAUGUUAGAGAUAAAUAUACUUCAAGGCCUAACAUUAUUCAAAAAAGUAGACGCUGCCCACAUCGUCAAAGUUAUAAUCAAAAUGUUUCAUUCAAACCAUACAACUAUGGAGAUAAAACUAUUUGUAAAAACUGGGACAAUAAAACCGGCUUAGUUCAUAAUCAAUUAGAUGUUGAACUUUCAAAACAUAAUAGAUCAUCCAGAAAUAAUUUUCAUCAAAGGAAUCAUAGCCGUGGUGGUAAUAACAGCUUCAAAAACUCUUCUUGCUCUGUAAAAGAAAGCUUAACUGGUUGGUAUUCAAUAAUUGUGACAAAUGCAGAAGAAUUUGAUGAAGUAUUGAAAAAAAUUAAAAUUCAUAUAUCACCAGUAUUAUUUUAUCCAUACAAUAAACACUAUUCUGAUAAUUCAUUAAGAUUUCUUGUUGAUGACUAUAAAGUUGCUAUAGCAUUGCAUAAUACUAGCCGUAAGAUAACACAAAGAGAUGAUCGAAAAUUGGUUAUAAAGGUCUUACCAUAUAUUCCCAAAAGAAGUCUUCUAUCAUUCACACCAGUAUCCAGUGAAGUUAAAGAGAAAAUUAUGGAGGCAAUGGUGAUUCGUUACAAUUCUAGUACCAGGAGUUUAGAUUUGUCACAAUUCUAUGCUUCUUCAUUGUUUACCAAUAAUCAACUAUUUGUACCAUUAAAUCGACCUGCCAUUCUUUUAGCAGCACUCAAUAUGGCUGCUCAAUAUACCAAGCAUGACUUAUAUUGUUUGAAUCUUGCCAAAAAUUACAUAUAUUUAGGUGAAGGGCUUACAUGGAUACGUAGAUUGUUCCCUGAACUGAAAGUGUUAGAUUUAUCUGAUAACAAAUUGUCUGAUUUAAAUGAACUAAGGAGUCUAUUGGGCUAUACAAUUGAAGUACUCCAUUUAUCCAGAAAUCCAGUAUGCAAUUUAAUGGACAAAGAUUAUUACAGACGGGAUAUACAAAAAUUAUUUCCUAUGCUAAUCGAGUUGGAUAAUUUACAUUUGCCUCCUUUGUCCGUUGUUAGUAAGUUGAAAAUGCUAAUCAACCUGGGAAAUAGUUACCCAAUACUUCAGUAUGACUGCAACUUAAUACAAUCAAAUCCAUUGAUGACUUUAGUAGAAUUAUUCCUAAAAAAAUACUAUGAACAGUAUGAUCAUAAAUUAUCCAGACAAACGGUAUUAGAAGCCUAUCAUGAAAAUGCCACGUUUUCAUUAUCCAGUUGUUUACUAAAAAAAUAUAACCCAGGUAGUCUGGCAGAUUACAUGCCAAAAAGUCGAAAUUUAUUGAUAUCUAACCAAAAUAAAAACAGCUUUAUAUUCAAAGGUAAUGCAAAUAUUAUAGGCAUUUUAGAAAAAUUACCCAAAACAAAACACGACUUUGGCUCGUUCAUAAUUGAUGUACCAUUUGCAAGUUCUGCAAUGAUUCAGGUUGUAGUGAACGGUGUGUUUGCUGAAGAAUUUAAUGAAAAUCACAAUUAUCAAGUAUUUCGAUCAUUUUGUAGGACAUUUUGUUUGGUUCCUGCUGUAAAUGGUUGGAUUAUAUUAAGUGACAUGAUGUUUGUAACAUUAGUCACCUCUGAGUUAGCGACAGAAUCAACCAAACGGUUCUAUAUUUUUAAGCCAACAAUGACGGAUAAUACAUGUAAUAGAAACAGCUUACAAACGACCAUAGAGGAUACAUUGCCUGAUGUAUUAUCAACUUUAGUUUUCAAGACAGCCAUACCCAACUGUUCAUCAUCAAUAUCUCAUUUAUUCAAACAACUCUCUCCACCGUCAUCACCUAAGAAACCUCAGCAUACAUUAGAUUCUCAAUCAAAUUUUCAGUCAUCUGUUAUUCAGAACUCACAAUCAUCUGACCAGCAACAGAAUCACCCUACAACAGCAACAGCUGAUAUUCUAUUAAAUUCCCAACAGUUAAAUUCAUCAUGUCCUAUAUCCAAUUCUAAAUUACCAUUUCCAAUACCCAACACAAAACCAAUAGAGACAACGUCAACCCAAAUGCAUUUAAAUUCUUCUAGUAAUCAUAUUGAAAAUUCUAAUAAUGAAUUGUUAAUGAUCAAGAGGUUUUCAAAAGAGUCUGGAAUGAAUGAUAAAUGGUCAAAAAAGUGUUUAGUUGAAAAUAAUUGGGAUUUUUCCAAAGCUACAUUGUGUUAUUUAAAACUGAAAUCAAAUAUUCCUUCAGUAGCCUAUAAACAUUAA